CCCCCAGCGGCAGCGCCGGAGAACUGCAGCCUUUAACUCCUUCCUCGCCUGCUGCUGGUGUUGUGUGUCCUAUCGGAGGAAGAUGGCGACCAGAGUCCUUCAGAGCUCCUGCUCAGGCCUUUAUCAGGCGAAACACGGACACUUUACCACUGUUAUCAGGGGUCUGUCGGCGUCUAAUAACCGGAGUCGAGAGGACAGCUGGUUCAAAUCACUGUUUGUGCGGAAGGUGGACCCCAGAAAAGAUGCUCACUCCCAUCUGCUAGCCAAGAAAGAGGACAACAACUUGUAUAAAAUCCAGUUUCACAACGUGAAGCCCGAGUGUCUGGACGCCUAUAACACACUCUGUGCCGAGGUGCUGCCGUCCAUCCACAGAGACAGCAGGUACCCGUGUGAGCUGGUGGGCACCUGGAACACCUGGUACGGAGAGCAAGACCAAGCUGUGCACUUGUGGAGGUACAGAGGAGGAUAUCCGGCUCUGACUGAAGUCAUGAACAAACUAAAGAGUAACAAGGACUUCCUGGAGUACAGGAAGGAGAGGGGGAAGAUGCUGCUGUCCCGCAGGAACCAGCUGCUGCUGGAGUUCAGCUUCUGGAACGAGCCGGUGCCCAGAGACGGACCCAACAUCUACGAGCUGCGCUCCUACCAGCUGAGACCCGGGACUAUGAUUGAAUGGGGCAACUACUGGGCGAGAGCCAUCAGUUACCGGCAGCACAAUCACGAGGCAGUCGGAGGCUUCUUCUCUCAGAUAGGAGACCUCUACAUGGUGCAUCAUCUCUGGGCGUAUAAGGACCUUCAGUCCCGAGAGGACACGAGGAACGCCGCCUGGCAGCACGAGGGCUGGGAUGAAGUGGUCUAUUACACCGUGCCGCUCAUCCAGCACAUGGAGUCCAGGAUCAUGAUCCCGCUCGAAGCGUCUCCUCUCCAGUGAAGCGUCCCC